GACCGCCAUAUCAGCUCAGGCAGGGGCAAUUUCAGCAGCAGCAGUAGUCUCUCUACCAGCCCAUGCAGGGACAGGCUGUUCAACCGCAGCCGCGACCUUUCCAGCAGCCAGGUGCAGCUACUGCAACCCUAGUGCAGAAUGAUCUUAUAGCUGAACUGCGGGACCUGGUGGGUUUUCUUGCCAGUUCAAGUGCUCAUAAAUUCAACACCAUCGAGCAGUUCAUGGAAAAGGCCUCGAGUAAAUUCCUGGCUCUUGAAGUUGGCCAGAGGAAUACACAGGCUAUUUUGAAGGAUAUCCAAACCCAGUUGGGGAGUGUGGCUCAAGCAGUGGCACAGAGGGCUCCGGGUACCUUGCCGGGUCAUACCAUUCCUAAUCUGAAGGACCCGAAUACCCACUACAAUGCUAUCACUACAAGGAGUGGCAAAGUGAUUGCAGACCCACUUGUCUUGGCCAGACAAGCGGGAGAGAGACCUGCUUCAGCAUUUUCGGUUGUUGAAGAAGAAAUGGAAAAGGAGUUUGAGGUGCUUGCUCCUAAGCCGCAACCAGUAGUGAAGGAGUAUAUCCCUCAACUUCCCUUAUUCGGUUGCACAAAGACCGGUGAAACGCCAAAACACAACACCAAUCUGCGACCAAGUGUAAUCGCAGACCGGGAAUGCAGUAAAGUGGCAAGUUCUAUUAUCAACCCGGGGUCUAGAUCUACUGCUUACUCAGUGAUUAUCUAUUAUCUAGCCAACUAAGUCAAGUGAUUGUUGUUUAAAGCAAAAGCAGAAAGAAAGCAGGAAUUGGUACGGUUUUCUGAAGCAAAGACGAGUCACUCGGGAAUGAGUCCCCCUAGCUCCUUAGUUAGGUUUCAAUUGUAAUUUCCCUCGGUUGAUUUAUUGUUGAUUAGACUGCGGAAGAUCCGACAGUAGCUUGGAAUCUCUUAAGCUGACCAAGCCCUCUCAGACUAACUACCCGGAAGACGACUAGUCUUCACCGGGAUAGAAAGCUGAAGCAGUAAGAACAGAACUCCACUACUGGAAUUGAAUUCCAGUACAAAGUAGUAAACUGGCUAACUCUCGUAUAGCCAAUCUCCUACUACCGAAUGAUGAGGCUCUAACAACCUAAUCAGAUUCUAUCUAUCUCAGGUUGCAGUAGAAAUAAGGAAAAGCUGAUCAGACUUCAAUUGACUCAAUAAACAUGCAUCAUUCGAUUAAAAGCAAGCAGUAAUAUCAUCCCAAGUCAUUACAAUCAAAUCCCUAACACAUAGAACUUGGGUUCUUCAUACCCAAGUGAGAGAAGGGUUAUACUCCAUAGAGAGAGAGAGAGAGAGAGGAAAACAAAAUACAGAGUAGGCAUACUCAUAAAGAUGAAGAAAAUCUGCUCUGGGAUGAUGAUUUCCACUCGUAUGACGAUCUCCAAGCUUGAUUUGAUGAAACCCAACUCCAAGAUAGCUUCUAGGAUGUGUUCUUCCUACUUUCUCUCUCUAGGGCUCUAUUUUUGCUCUCAAAACUCGAUUCUCCCACUUUUAGCCCGAAAUUGGGUAAAAACCCAGAAAUUCCCGACUCACACGGGCAGGCCCACACGGCCGCGUGGCAUACCCAGUUGCCCGUGUGAGGUCAAAAUGCCGCGUUCUGAUUAAUUUCACUUCAGGCUUCCUACACGGCCAGGGUCACACGGCCGUGUAGCUCACCCAACCUGGCCGUGUGAAGCCUCGCAGAAUUCCACACGGCCAAAGUGCAACUUCACACGGUCGUGUGAAUAUCAGGGCAGGCCGUGUGAAGGCUCGCACAAUCCCACACGGCCAAAGUGGUCACUUGCACGGCCGUGUGGCUUCUGGUUGUGCCCGUGUGGCUUCCUUUUUGACUUGCCUCACGCCCGAUCUUCGUCCAAUCGACCCCGAACUCGCUCCUAAACCUUCAUUCACUUGCUAGGACCUGAAAUAUCAUAAACAAACACAACCUAGCAUGAAAUCGGCCUAAAACACGAGAAUUACCAUCUCAAACGGCUCCAGAAUAGGGGUAAAAACAUGUGCAAUUAACGGCUUAUCAAACUCCCCCACACUUAACCGUUUGCUUGUCCCCAAGAAAACCAAGUCAGACACAAGGUCAGCUCACAUAUUUCAAUCAUACCAACAUUGGGGACAAAUCAUAUAGGCACAGAACACGUGAAUCAUACUGGUUUUCAAACAUCAACACCUGAACAACCUCAAUAGCAACCUGGACAACCACCACAGAAGACAUUCGAGUGCAGCAAAAUCGAGUAAAGGAGGAGUCUCCCUUCUGUUCAUCAACCAACAUAGACUUGACUCAAUCACUCACUCAAGACAGUCAACUCAUGCAUAAAACUCAAGACAUCAGAAUCAAGACCGAGCCAUCUA